UUUUUCUUAACACAAAAAUGCUGUCAUCAUAACCAACAAAAUCUGUCUUUUUUUAUUUUAUUUUUGUCUCUCUUUAAAAAAAGAAAUGAAAAAAUCUUUUGUCCAUCCGUUAUCUAUCCUGUCGGAUCCUCCCACCAUUUUUCCCGUUUGUUAUUGAAUUCCUCUUUUCCUCAAUCCCCAACUCCCUUUUUUGUAGCCAUGGGCCGGCAAUCUCACCGGGAAUAUUUCUCCGGUCAUGUACAUGGUGCUUCCACCGCCAUUAGCACUACCUCUACUAGUACUUCCAUAUCUGAUGACAACAAUAACACGGACCUUGUAUGGCCCUUUGGCAAGCUGGAAGAUCUCGAUCACGACGACAUCCGUGAAGCGGCGUACGAAAUAUUCUUCACGGCUUGUCGUUCAUCGCCGGGGUUCGGAGGUCGGAAUGCUUUAUCAUUUUACUCUUCGCAAGAUCAUCAUGGGAAUGGGGAUGGAGGAUCAAUGCACGGGUCGGGCGGGCGAGUGAGCGCGGUGGUGACGAUGACUCCUACGAGUAAGGUUAAAAAAGCCUUAGGGUUGAGGAUGUUGAAAAGAUCGCCUUCUAGGCGGAUGUCGAUGUCGUCAGUUAAUGGUGGAGGUUCCACGCCGUCGGUGUCACCCAUUUCUCAUCAUGGACACAGUAAUUCCGUUUCAUUUUAUAGCUCCGGAGGGUUUUCAACGGUGCCGACACGGCCAAGGCGACCUUUGACGUCUGCCGAGAUUAUGAGGCAACAAAUGAGGGUUACCGAACAAAGUGAUAAUAGGCUUAGGAAAACUCUCAUGAGAACCCUUGUUGGCCAACUGGGGAGGAGAUCGGAGACUAUCAUCCUCCCUCUUGAGCUUCUUCGUCAAUUAAAACCAUCGGAGUUCAACGACAUGAGCGACUACCAUUUUUGGCAAAGGCGUCAACUCAAAAUCCUAGAAGCAGGCCUCCUCAAUCAUCCGUCGAUCCCUCUCGAAAAAUCGAAUUCUUUAGCGAAACGUCUACGAGAGAUAAUCCGAGCCAGCAAAUCCAAGCCUAUAGACACUUGCAAGAACUCUGACACGAUGAGAACGUUAUGCAAUUGCGUCGUUUCUUUGUCUUGGCGAAGUGCUAACGAAACUUCUAGCGAUGCAUGCCAUUGGGCCGAUGGGUUCCCUCUCAACAUCCACAUAUACAUCUCCCUCCUUCAAGCCAUAUUUGAUAUUCGAGAUGAGACAUUAGUCCUCGAUGAAGUCGACGAAUUGCUAGAGUUGAUGAAAAAGACUUGGUCUACAUUGGGGAUCAAUAGGUCAAUCCACAACGUUUGUUUCACUUGGGUGUUGUUCCAACAAUACGUUGCUACGAAUCAAAUGGAGCCUGAUCUUCUUUGUGCCGCAUAUAAUAUGUUGACGGAGGUGGCGAUUGACGCUAAGAAGAUUGAUCGAGAGGCGGCGUACGUGAAACUAUUGAUGUCUAUGUUGGUGUCGAUGCAAAAAUGGGCGGAAAUGAGGUUACUUCACUACCAUGAGUAUUUCAACAAAACAACAGUUGGUGGAAUGGAAAACCUUUUACCUUUGGCCUUAUCAUCAAUGAAAAUAUUAGGUGAAGAUGUUACAAUAAAGGAAGGGGAAGGGAGCAAGAAAGGGGACACAAUGCUUGUGGAUUCAACUAGUGAUUGCGUUGAUCAUUACAUUCGAUCUUCUUUGAAAAAUGCGUUUGCCAAGAUAAUAGCAAAUGAAAAUUUGAAAAACGCUAAGGUUGGAGAACGGGCGGAAGUUAGCGAAGCUCUGUUGCAAUUGGCUAAAGAAACCGAGGAUUUGGCCGUCAGGGAGAGGGAGUUAUUCAGUCCCAUAUUGAAACGGUGGCACCUGACCGCGGCCGGGGUCGCGGCGGUAACGCUGCACCAAUGCUAUGGUGCGGUGUUGAAGCAAUACUUAGCCGGGACGAGCAUACUCAAUAGCGAGAUUGUUGAGGUACUACAACGUGCCGCAAAGCUAGAAAAGGUGUUGGUCCAAAUGGUAGUCGAGGAUUCCGAAGAAUGCGAAGACGGAGGCAAAGGGAUUGUCAGGGAAAUGAUGCCCUAUGAAGUCGAUUCAAUCAUAAUGAAGCUUUUGAGGCAAUGGCUAGAUGAAAGGUUGAACCAAGCCAAAGAGUUGCUUUGUAGAGUAAAAGAAACCGAAACAUGGAACCCGAAGUCGAAAUCCGAGCCGUACGCACAAUCAGUUGUGGAGCUAAUGAGCAUAGCCAAGGAAAUGGUGAAUGGUUUCUUUGAAAUCCCCAUUGGGAUUACAGAUGAUUCAGUUCUUGAUCUAGCUGAAGGCUUAGAGCAACUCAUCCAAGAAUACACUACGUUUGUAGCCUCAUGUGGGUCAAAGCAGAGUUAUCUCCCUUCACUUCCUCCUCUAACAAGAUGCAACGGAGAUUCGAAGUUUUUCAAGCUUUGGAGAAAGGCAAAUCCUUGUACCACUAGAGUGGCAGAGAUAACCCAAUUCAUGAAGACGGAAGGUCAACAUCCUCGCCCGUCGACGAGUCGUGGGACGCAACGCCUUUACAUUCGUAUCAACAGCUUGCACUACCUAGCCUCCCACCUACACUCACUCGACAAAACUCUUAGCCUCUCGCCAAGGGUCUCGACACGGAACCGUUUCAGUAUGCACCUCGGUGUUGGUUGCACUUCGUCUUCCUACUUCGAACACGUCAACGCAUCCAUUCAAGCAGCGUGUGAUCACGUGUCGGAAGUUGCCGCUUACCGCCUCAUUUUCCUCGAUUCAUGCCCCGUAUUUUACGAGACCCUGUACGUGGGUGAUGUAGCCAAUUCAAGGCUACGGCCUGCGAUCCGGAUCCUAAAGCAAAACCUAGCACUCCUUACCGCUAUACUCACGGACCACGCUCAAGCAUUGGCAAUGAAAGAAGUGAUGAAAGCAUCGUUCGAAGCGUUUCUCAUGGUGUUGCUCGCGGGGGGACCGUCUCGGACAUUCCAACGGUCUGACCAUGAGAUGAUAGAAGACGAUUUCGAUAGCUUGAAAAGGGUUUUUUGCACUUGCGGAGAAGGGUUGCUAUCCGAAGACAUAGUCCAAAGGGAGGCCGAAGUAGUUGAAGGUGUGAUAUCAUUGAUGGGACAAACCACCGAACAAUUAACUGAAGAUUUCAGCAUCGUGACAUGCGAAGCCAGCGGCAUUGGCUCCAUCAGUGGAGGCCAAAAGCUACCAAUGCCACCGACGACGGGUAGGUGGAAUAGAGCGGACCCGAACACGAUCCUAAGGGUGUUGUGCCAUAGGAAUGAUAGAGCAGCCAAUAAUUUUUUAAAGAAAUCAUUUCAAUUGGCAAAAAGAAAUUGAUUGGGGGAAAAUGAAAUUUGUAUAGAUAUCGCAUAUACAUGAAGAAGAUGAGUUUUUCUAGCAUUGAUUUUUUCA